AUGCUCUGGUUCAUCCCCAGCCCAUGGCUGCCUUGCAGUAGAACUUGUGGCGCAGGAACUCAGAGGAGGACAGUGAGGUGUCAGGUCCUGCUGUCCUUCUCCCAGACCGUAGCUGACCUGCCCGACCCCGAGUGUCAGGGUCCCAAGCCGGCAGACAGCCAGCCCUGCUACCACACGCCCUGCCCUGGGCUGGAGGAGGAGGAGGAGGGAGAUUGGGCCCCUCAGAAAGAGGAGCUUCAUGACUGGGAGAUGGAGGGUUUCUCAGAAUGCUCCAGAAGCUGUGGAACAGGGCUACGGGAGGCGGUGUGGAUCUGCCUGAACAAGCAGACGAGGGAGGCUGCAGAUGAGAGCCAGUGUGUGAGCUCCGACAGGCCUCCCCAGCUCCUGCAGAGCUGCAGCACCCAGCACUGCCCCCCCAGGUACCACCUCUCCACCCAGCACUGCCCCCCCAGGUACCACCUCUCCACCCAGUACUGCCCCCCCAGGUGGGAGGCGGGCCUGUGGACUUCCUGCUCGGCCACCUGUGGAGUGGGUCUGAUGACGCGCUCGGUGGCGUGCAUGCGGCGCCCGUCCCCAGACAGCAACCAGACGGAGAGGGUCAGGGACGAGGACUGUCGAGGCCCCAAACCCAACCCCCUCCAGGCGUGCAACCGCUUCGACUGCCCCCCCAUGUGGGACCUGCAGGCCUGGGGACAGUGUUCCCGGAGCUGUGGGGGAGGGGCCCGGACCAGAGAGGUGCUGUGCAAGCAGAGACUGUCUGACGGGAGCGUUCUGGAGUUACCAGACACGUUCUGCCCCAAGACCAGUCCUUCCUCCCAGCAGCCCUGUGGCCUGCAGCAGUGUCCUGCUCAGUGGGUCACCACCAGCUGGUCGCAGUGCUCGGUGACCUGUGGAGAGGGGCUCCAGAGGCGCCACGCGGCCUGCAGGAGGCCAGGGGAGGGCGACCAGUACCAGGCCGAGGCCCCCCAGGCCUGCGCCCCCACCCCCCAGCCCUCCACCGCGCGUCCCUGCUCCCCAGGGCCCUGCCAAAAGCCCAGCAGGUCUGACAAGACGGAGCCCGGCAUCCAAGCCCAGAGGAAGGUCUACAUCCAGCUGAGGAGAGACAAGAAGCUGCAUGUUGUGGCGGGCGGCUACGCCUACCUGCUCCCCUGGACCUCCGUGCAGCUCCGCUGCCCAGCCCGCCUCCGCGGCGGCCACACCCACUGGCUGAAGGACGGCAAGCUGCUCGCCGUCCUCCCCCACCUGGGCGACGUCCACAUCCAGCACCUCCGGGCCUCGGACGCUGGGGUCUACACCUGUGUAGCGGGCCAAGCCCGGGAGAACAUGGUGCUGAAGGUCAUCAGCAGCAAGCAGAAGGUGAACCAGCAGGCUGGGAACUCGGCGGGUGAUAGGACCCAGGAGGUGUUCCGGUACGACGCCAUCGUUCAGCUCUUGCUCAACCAGAGAGGGGCCUCCCAGGAUUCCGCGGGUUUCGCGGAGGACAAAAACGGGUCGACGCAGGACCAGGCUGGACGAUUUCACCCACAACCUCCCCAAAGGUCUGGAGGGACGGGAGGGGGAGCAGGCCGUCGCCUGGCUCCUCGCCGAGCUCUCCGGGAGCCAGGACGAGAGCAACGAAUCCAUCCUGCAGCCGUCACAACGACCAGAGGUCUCCGUGCUCCCUGGCGCUCGGAAGCAGCCCACCUUCAAGGACUCACCACGCCGUCUGCGGUGGUGGUCCGUGUGGGGACCCCGGUCGUCCUGCACAGACAGGUGGGCAGUGUGGAGCUGAAGUGUGAGGUGUCGGGAGGACAGGACCCCACCGUCACCUGGACCAAAGAUGGGAAGGAGAUACUUUACAGCGGCAGAGUGGUCCUGCAGAAAGAUGGCUCCCUGAAGAUCCUGUCUCCAGGCCAGACGGACACAGGACUUUACACCUGCUCCACCCCGGGACACCUGGGCUCCUCCUCCCUGGCCUCCUGGAUGCACGUCGCAGGUGAGAGAGAAGGUAACUGUUCUAACAACAUAGAGAACAGUUCACUCUGUCCAGACAGAGGAAACAACAGCCGGUCACACUGCCGUGGACAAGCCUGCCCCCUCAGGUGGCUUGCGUCCCCCUGGUCCCUAUGCUCAGCCAGCUGUGGCGGGGGGGUGCAGAGCCGCAGGGUGAGCUGUCUGAGUGGGCCGGAGGGGGGGGCCAGCAGGGUGGCGGCCCAGCGCUGUGUGGAAGGGGCAGGGAGGAGACCCGGCGACAGGCGACCCUGCAACACUCUGCCCUGUGUGAGGUGGGCUGUAUCUGGCUGGGGGCCGUGUCAGGGUCAUUGUGUCGGUCUUCGUUUGGCCACCCAGCAUCGUCACAUCUACUGUCAAGACCUGAAUGCCACCAAAGUCUCCCACAGAAUGUGCAGUGACCUCCACAGGCCCAGCUCCUGCAGGAACUGCUCCUCAGAGGCGUGUGCUCUGCAGUGGCGUGUCGGACCCUGGACACAGUGCACGGCCUCCUGUGGUCGCCAUGGCUUCCAGUCCCGACGUGUGACCUGCGCGCACCUGAGCAGCGGUAAAGCAGCCCAGGAACACCACUGCACCUGGAGGCCACGCCCCUCCAGCUGGCAACGAUGCAAUAUCCUGUCCUGUGGAAACGCGGGCGAGUGUCUGGACAGCAGCAGAUACUGUGAGAAGGUACAACAGCUGGACCUCUGUCUGCUGCCACAGUUUAAAACGCGCUGUUGUCAGUCCUGCCAAGACACUUGAAAAGGGGCAGGUAGGAGAGAAGAGCCUGGUGCAUAACCUCAGACCCUGCACCUUCAUCAGCGCCAACACCUACCCAUCAGGAUGCAUCAGGAUGGGGGGACAGGGGUUUAAAGCGUUUGAGGGUGUGGAGGCUCCGGGUGGGAACGGCUGACAUCCAACCUCCUCCAUCCAACAAAGGAAAGGAUUUGUGUGACUAUUAAUUUUAACCGAAUGAAAGCUUUGGUUUUGUUAUGUUUUAUCCUUCUUAAACCUGCAGAACAUGACAAAUUUCCAGACGACAUAAAGUAAUGAAGCGUACAGUUCCAUUGGGGAUACCAGAGUUGAACACCACACAACUCUGUAGAGCAUUAGUGGGCUUUUUCUAAGCACUGGAUAUUGUAAGUUUGUCUUUUACAACAAUACUCUCCUUGAAAGUUCCAUUUUAAAUUCCUGUAUUUUUUAUUGUUUUCAGAAUCCUAGAAAUAUACAUUUUUAAUAGAUGUAUAUUUGCACAUAGUGUUGUGAAGUACAGAGUAUGAUUGCUGGAUAAAAUGGCGAAAUGCUCCAAUGUAAAUGAAAGGCAAUUAUAAGAAAGAGUUCGUACUGACAUUACUGACUGGAUUAAAGGCUCAUGUUAGUUAGCAGAAGAAUCACAAGGUCUAUAUAAAGCAGAGGAAGGGUUCUAGUGGAAAGCUCAUGCUAAUGGCUUUGUAGUCUCCUACAAACCCUCAUUCUUGCUGCUUAGAUUGCACUAUUGUGGUUGGAUUUGUCUAGUGGUCAACUCAUAUUGACAAGGUCUAUGUGAACCUGUACAGCUAACAAAAAUAAAGGCAUGUUACCUGUUUUGCACUCAAUCUGUUAAGAACAUGGCUUGGAGUUUGUUUUUGACUUCUUUGUAUCUUACCUUUGGUAAUAUGAGUUUGGUAUGGAUCAUUCUGUGUCAGAGUUUAAAUUUAGUUAAUUUUUUAUGAAACCACUUUUUUAUGUUGUCAAGGAACACAGUUUCAGCUGUGGAGGAAGGUCCUUUUUACCAAACAAUCUUGAUCAAGCAUAUCUUCAGUAAUUAGAUACAGGAUAACACUUUGAACCUGGUUUUGAUGUGCACUAAAUACUUGUUUGUUGCCCGGAAAGGCUGCUGUCAAGACAUAAAUUGUGUCAUUUUUAUAUUAUAGAAGUAUUAGGCCAGAUAAAUGCUUUAAAAGCUGAAAACCAAGUCAUUCUGGGGAGACCAGGCAAGAUAUAUUCAUGUUCCCACUGCUAUAAACAUAAGCAGCUGUGAGGCCAGGAGUUAAUUUUUGUUUUGUUUAGUCAAGUGAUGUAAUUAUGUUUAUUAAGUGUAUAAUUGGGUUAGUGUUUGUGAUCUGUAUUGUUUAUCAACUAUUUAUUGUCAUAGUUUAUUCUGCAAAUGUAAUUGUUUUGUAAAGAAUUAAAGAAUGUAUUUGUAGUGUUUUUUCUA